AUGUCACCCGUUCGAGGAAACAACAAGAAUAAAGGCGGAGGUAUAAUUAACACUCUUAUAAAUAAAUUACCACUUGAACUUCAUUUACCAGGUAUCAAUCCUUUAGAUUCGGCGUGUAAAGAACACGAUAUCGCUUAUGAUCACAGCAAAUCUUUGACAGAUCGUCAAAAAGCAGAUUAUAUAUUAGAAAAUAGGACUUGGAAUAGAUUCAAGUCAAAAGACUCAAAUUUAAAAGAAAAGGCUGCAGCGUGGUUAGUCACAACGGGCAUGAAGGCAAAACCUUUAUCCAAUAACGAUGAAAUUAGAAUAUCUAUUCAAAAUAUGGACGCUUACACUUUGCCUUGCGAGAGCUAUCUUUACAUUGAAGGUAAAUUAAAUAUACCUGCAGAUAUUACAGCAGAGAAGGGUGAAUUCAACUUUACAAAUAAUGGCUUAGCAUUUUUAUUUUCUGAAAUCCGAUAUGAAAUUAACGGAGUGGAAAUACAAAAAUUAAAAUCUCCUGGAAUAUCUUCGAGUCUUAAAGGUUUUUGCUCGCACACUCCGAGUGAAUUGAACAAUCUACAAAAUGCUGCUUGGGACGUAGAUAUGGAUGCCAGUGAAAAUAAACAUUUCAUGUUAAAUAACAAAUUCGCUGGUUGUAUCCCGCUCAAACACUUGUUUGGAUUUUGUGAAGAUUAUAAAAAAAUACUACUCAACUGUAAUCAACAAAUAAUUUUAAACAGAUCAUCUACAGAUUUUGAUGCGUUAGUUAGUGAUAAAGAAAAAAUAAAACUGUUAAAAGUAUUAGACUCUCGUAAACCAGUUGCGUGUGCGUUCAGAAAUUGGGACUUGUGCGAGUAUCCAGUUCUCCCUCAGAACACUUCUCAUUCGUGGACGGUAAAAUCAAGCAGUUUGUUGGAGAAACCUAGAUUUGCAUUAAUCGGACUUCAAAACGAUCGAAAAAAUAAUUUAUUUAAUCCAUCAGGACGAUUCGAUCACUGCUAUUUGAAAAACCUAAAAGUACAUUUAAACUCUGAAGUAUAUCCAUAUGAAGAUUUUCGUGCAGAUUUCACAAACAAUGUUACUGCUAUAUUGUACAAGGCAUAUGCUGAAUUCCAGAAAUCGUACUACGAGAGAGAGUAUAGUGACCCUUUACUUCCUAAAAAAAUUUUUCAACAAUUUGUACCAAUCGUAGUCGUGGAUUUAUCACGACAGAAUGACAACGUAAAAUCAUCGACUGUAGAUUUACGAAUUGAAUUCGAAACAGACAAGGCCAUUCCAGCAAAAAACCGCAGCUUAUUGUCUCAUUUUACACGAUCAAAUUAUAACUUAUAA